AUGGCAUCAUUGUGCUGCAACCUCACCUACUGGCUCGUGAAGCACCCCAACAUAUAUAGCAAAUUUCACCGGACCGAAGGUGAGACCCUUGGCUGUCUUCUUUGUCUCUGUAGUAGUCUCCGCUUACCUGUCCGCCACAUUCCUCCUUUGCUUUGCCUUUGA